ACCAUGAUAAGCAGUUUUCGUAGUUGUCUCCAAGUUUGUCAGCUACUUCAACCAGGUAGUCAAAAGCUUUUGCUCCUUCCGCCGAAUGAUAGUCCAAACCCUGAAGAGAAUGCCGCGCAGACGUUAAGUAUCCUCGAUAGACUGCUAUGGCUGAAAG